GUUGUCACUGUGAUCGGUUGAAUAUCAACAAAUCAUAAGUUCUCAAAAUAAGAAAUGAUUAUGAUUAUAUAGUUAAGACAAAAAACAUUCAUUAUUCCUUGCGUAAUGCUAGUGAUAAGUUCUGAUGUGACAAGUAUAAGAAAAUAUAUGUUAUUGCUCAUAUGAAGUUUCUAUUUGUGUAUUGUAAAUAUGAAUAAUUUUCUAUUUAAACUUAGUUUUUUAAGUAAAAACGCGUGGAUAUUUAGACAUCUUUCCGUUUCAGCAGCUAAAAAUGCGAAUUAUUCAUGCAAAUUACUCGUGGUGGGUGGUGGCACCGGGGGCUGUACGAUGGCAGCUAAGUUUGCAAGACGAUUGAAAAAAGACUCUGUAAUUAUAUUGGAACCCAGUUCGGAUCAUUACUAUCAGCCCCUGUUCACGCUGGUGGGCGCGGGCGUGACGUCGGUGGCCGCGACCCGGCGGAGCGCUCGCAGCGUGCUGCCCGCGGCCGCCCGGUGGGUACAGGACUCCGCCGAGAGUAUACACCCUAAAGAGAACUUGGUCAGAACCACUGCAGGACAUACUAUCAACUAUGAGUAUCUAAUCGUGGCCGUUGGAUUGGUUAAUGACUAUGCUAAGGUACCCGGUCUGACUGAAGCAUUAAAAGAUAGAAACAGCGGGGUAUCAACAAUAUACUCCUCCGACUAUUGCGAAAAGACGUGGUCAGACUUCAAAAAUUUCAAAGGUGGUGAAGCGGUGUUCACGUACCCGGACACCCCCAUCAAGUGUCCCGGGGCGCCGCAAAAGAUCGCAUAUAUGGCUGAUUCGUAUUUUACAAAGACGAACGUGCGUUCAAAGUCCAACAUAACGUACAACACGUGCCUGCCCGUCAUCUUCGGCGUCAAGAAGUACGCGGACGCGCUCAUGAAAGUCGUCGAGCGGAAGAAAAUCAAAGUCAACUACAAGACCGUGCUCAAGGAGGUCCGGCCCGACAAGAAGGAGGCCGUGUUCUACAGCGGGGACGACCGGACCGAGGAGUCGACGCAGGCGUACGCGCUGCUGCACGUGACGCCGCCCAUGCGGCCGCCGCGCGUGCUGCUCGCGGGCGGCGCCGCGCUGGCGGACGCGGCCGGGUUCCUCACCGUGGACAAGUUCUCCCUGCAGCACACCGUCUACCCCAACAUCUUCGGCAUCGGGGACUGCACCAACACGCCCAACAGCAAGACCGCGGCCGCCAUCGCGAAGCAGGCGGCGGUGGUGGAGCACAACCUGCAGGCGGCCAUGCGCGGGGGGGGCGGGCGGCGCGCGUACGACGGGUACGGCGCGUGUCCGCUCGUCACGUCGUACCACACGUGCGUGCUGGCCGAGUUCCUGUACGACGGCGUGCCGCACGAGACCUUCCCCAUCAACCAGUGUAACUGCAGAUGUAAACUGUUGGUGGUCGGUGGCGGCACUGGUGGAUGUAGUGUUGCUUGGCGGUUUUCUAAGAAAUUAAACGACAAAGACAUCAUCGUAUUAGAACCGAAUAAGGACCAUUUCUACCAACCGCUAUUUUCGCUUGUGGGAGCUGGUAUUAAAAAUUUCGCUGAAUGUCAUAAGCCCUUGAGGUCAUUGUUGCCUCAUAAUGUGUUAUGGCUCCGAGAUCACGCAAGCUGUUUUGAUCCUUGCAACAAUGUAGUACAUACUGGCUGUGGAUUCAAAGUGCGAUAUGAUCAUAUGGUGCUAGCGGUCGGCUUGUUAAAUGAUUACGAUCAGAUUCUAGGCUUGAGAUACGCCCUCAGCAACCCUCUUGCUCCAGUCUCUACGAUCUACUCGCCUGAAUACUGCCAAAAAUGCUGGUGUUGUAUACAGGGGUUCAAAGGAGGACACGCUAUAUUUACAUUUCCUAAGCGAGCGGGAAAAUGCUCUGGGGCAGCGCAGAAAAUCAUGUAUCUUGCACAUGAUUUUUGGAAAAAGAAUAAUAUUAAUUCGGUAACAAAUAUAACGUACAAUACUGCCGGAGGCUCUCUUUUCGGAGUUCCAAAAUACGCAGCUGCAUUAGUGAAGGUCACGAACGACAGGAACAUCAUUGUGAACUAUCAACUUGAUCUGAUAGAGGUGACGCAACACAGGGCUGUAUUUCUUGAUGUUAAUGGUCAGACAAUAAUACUACCUUACAAGUUCCUACACGUGACGCCGGCCAUGUCUCCCCCGCGCUGCCUGAGCGAGUGCUCACAGCUGGCGGACGACAGCGGCUACCUGAACCUGGACCACCGUACUCUGCAGCACAGGCGGUACUCUAACAUAUACGGGUUGGGAGACUGCACGAAUACGCCUAACAGCAAGACUGCGGCUGCUGUUGCUAAGCAAAGUCGCGUGUUAGAGCUUAACUUAUGGGACACCAUGUACGGUAAAGAGCCUUCUGCUAAGUACGAUGGCUACGGUGCUUGUCCCAUGCUCACCUCUUACAAGACAGGCAUACUAGCCGAAUUCACGUAUGACAAAAAGCCCUGCGAAACAUUUCCAUUUGAUCAGAGUAAAGAGCGACGUUCUAUUUAUUACUUGAAUAAGGAAGUGUUGCCAUAUAUCUAUUGGAAUAAAUUAAUAAAGGGUAAAUGGAAUGGUCCUACCACACUACGCAAGUUCAUUAAUCCGUUUGGAAGAUAAAAACAAUUGCAAUUACAAAAUCA